AUGGCCUACCCUAAUUCCCACAACCCAUUCGCAGAGGAUGACGACGACGAGGAUUUUAAACCUAAAAGUCGAGGAUUCGGUGACGACCCCGACAGUGGGCUGACUGAGGCGGAGAGGAAACAGAGGCAUCUUCAACAGGAAGUGAUGCGUUCAGCUCAGUCUGCUGUGGACAGCAGUUAUCGUUCCCUCGGCCUCAUUUAUGAGUCAGAGAAGAUAGGUGUGGAAACUGCAGAGGAGCUGGUGCGACAGGGUGAAGCUUUGAGGAGGACCGACAGGAUGCUAGACAACAUGGAUCAGGACCUGAAAACCAGCCAGAAGCACAUCARCACUAUUAAGAGUGUGUGGGGAGGAUUUGUCAACUACUUCAAAAGCAAACCAGAAGAAAAACCUGCUCCUGAGGAGCCAAAGGCCUACCAGGCCAGUGAACGAUUACAGACAGCCUUGUCAAGCAGCAGACAACACGAAGACAAGUAUCAAGCCAGCCAUCCCAACCUCAGAAGGUUGGAGACAGGAGGUUUUGGAGCUGCUGCAUCGAUAGAUGAUCCCUCAUCUGGACAGAAUGGAUACUCAAAGAACAGAUACCUCAAGGAGGCUCACCAGACUCUUGACAAAAACUUGGAUGGCAUGAUCGAUGGUUUGAGUAGACUGAAGAGCCUCGGACUCGGUCUUCAGUCUGAAAUCGAUGAUCAGGACGACUCCAUUGACUCUCUGCUGAACAAAGUGGACAAGAUGGAUGGGAAGAUCACCAACACAAACCAGCAACUUAAAAAACUGAAAUAGGACUCCUGCUCACAGCUGACCCGUCAUCCUGGCCUUUGUUUGGGGAAAAAAAAGUMAUUUUGUUUUGUAAUUUUUUUCAAAAAAAAAAUUAGUUUUUCUUUUCGGACAAGAUGGAUUUUGCUUCCUUUGUACACUUUGUCUUUGUCGACUUGUUUUCUCUGUCAUGCGUAAAUGCAUUUCUGUUUAAAGGUUUUUUUAAGUAUUAUUUUUCUGUAAUUGGCAACAAGUUAGUUUAUAUUUCAAACUUCUAAAAAUGAACGCUAGAAUUUUAAAUAUUGAGGAGAAAGUUUCAUUUUUGUUUUAUAUGUUCACCAGCUUUAUGUUAUUGAUAUUUAAUCCCAAGUCAUCUACAAAUGUUUAAAACCUCAAACAAGCCACUUUUGUCUUAAAUGUAGUUAUUAUUCUCUGAAUCUGUCUUAACUGGUGCAUCUCACUGUGACAUGGUUCACUUUAUGUACCAAGUUUUUUUUUUUUAAGUCUGUGUUUCAUUGCUGCAAAUUUUGUUUAGUUCUUGUACAGCAUUAAUGAAAAAAACAUGUUUAUAAAAAUCCACAAUGAAAGAAAUAAACCUUAUAUUGAAGAGCCACUGUGGGUGGCUUUUAGAAAAACUA